AUGCUUCGCUUUCAGUUCCUUUUGUUCCUUCUUCUGCCAUGGAUUGCCUCGGCUGGUCCGAUCUCUCGCUGGCUAUCCCGGUCAUUGGAGGCACUUGAGCCGACUUCUUCCCCCCUUUUGCCUGAUCUCGAACGGCGUGAAGCUGGCGGUAUCACCGAAAUCACGCCUUUGGCGGCACCUACCCAGCAACCGUUUACGUACGAUGAGCCAAUACCAACUACAUCCCAUGCGUCAAGCAUAACACAUGAGACCACCAGUCAGAAGCCAACUACAAGUCAGGUGCCAACUACAACCCCAUUGUCGACUACAAGCCAUGUCCCGGCUACAACUCAACAGCCAACCAUUAGUCCAAACCCAACAACAAGUCAAGGGCCAACCACUACCUCUCAUACGUCCACAACCCCGGGAAUACUGCGUUCAACGUCCAUAACUAGUUCUUUACCUGCCUAUAUUCCAGGCUCAACGUCCUCCCUCGAUUCCUUGGCGAUACCGAGCUCAGCCCAAUCUUCAUCGGCUGCACUUAUAGGUGGAGUAAGCAGCCUCAAGGCUACUACAACCACACCACCAAUCUCGACUUCUACGACCAUACAGCCAGCGAGUGUUCCUAUAGUGCCCACAAGUAGCAGCCUGGCUGUUGGAGCUAUUGAACCUCUAGGAGGAGCAAGCAGCAGCAGUCCUUCCACGUCCACAUCGGUGAUCCCAAUCUCCAAUGCCACCCAGUCAGCAAAAGGUACACAGACAAAAUCUACAUCACUACAGCCUCCCACGUCGGGAUCCGAGCCAGUGGUGACCGUAACCGAGCCUGUGAUCGUAUAUGUGACCAAGGGAGCGGGAGCAGAAAGUCCCUUCUCGACAAGCGUCAUCCACCACACGUCCAGUGUCAACAACUCACUGGUGUCAUCAGCAAUACUAACGGUAGAACCGUCUGCCGAACUGAUUACUACAUCUUUGAAUUUUGUGACUAUACAUUCCACUGCAACGUCGGUCGUUCGUGUGACUGUUUACCCAACAUCGCCAUCACCUGCUUCUUCAUCUUCGGUCUUGCCAUCCUCAACUGGGAGCGCCCCGAGUGUGAAUGCAGCGCCUAUAGAGACCGGUCAUGCUAGCGCAACAUCAGUUGUUCCUAUGGCCACCAACUCGAUAACACCAUCGCUUCCUUCUUCGUCUUUGUUGUUGUCAUCCUCAAAUGAGAUUGCUCCAGUGGUGACAGCUCACGCCACUUCCACGAGUGUUGUUCCUCUGACUGUUUACCCGGAUACAUCGUUCCCUUCUGCUGUGUCUUCGUUAUUGCCGUCCUCAAGUGCGAUUGCUUCUAUGGUGACAGUCCGUGUCACUUCCACAAGUGUUGUUCCAGUAACCGUUUACUCGACAACAUCGUCAUAUGCUCCGUUGUUGCUACCCUCAAGUGAGAUUGCUCCACUUGAGACUGCCCCUAUUGUGACAGCCCACGUCACUUCCACAAGUGUUGUUCCAGUGACCCUUUACUCGACAACAUCGUCAUAUGCUCCGUUGUUGCCGUCUUCAAGUGAGACUGCUUCACUUGAGACUGCUCCUGUUGUGAUAGCCCACGCCACUUCCACAUCCACAUCUGCUACCUCAACCUCCAAACUAGACCAAGGGAUACUUACUGUGAACCCGGUUACGCCGUCUGGCUUUAUCACGAUCACUGAGACCCAGACCGAGACAGAAACGGUGACAGAUCGCAUUACUGAGACUGUUACUGCCACUGUUACUCGGGAUUAA